CUCAUGCCACUGUGAAAUCGUCAUAAACACAAAAGCGGACAAAAUGGCUCAGAGCAAUGCUGAUAAUGAUACCAAUCCAAAUGGUACAAAAUUAAUCAGUUUACGUGCACAAACUGAACAAAUGUUACAUAAUGCUGUACUAAUGACCCAAAUGGCGAUGGAAUUAAAAGAACGUACCACAUCAGGUGAAAAAUAUGUCUGCUAUUUACGUACAUUAUCUGUACGGGCUGGUCGAGUUAUAGCAGCAAUGCAAAAUUCUGGUCGUAGCUUUUUAUUACUAGCCCAAAAAUUGUGUCUAACAGCGAUUAAAACAAUUGAUUCAUUACCGGCUUCAGAACAAAUGAUGUAUAAUAUAAAAUUAGAGUAUGAAAAAUUAUUAAAUAUAUUAGAAAAAGAAUUAACAGACAUAGAAGAUAUCGAUGGUGCGGAUGCGGUUUUAACACAAGAUAUAAACAAUGUAACUUUACCGAAUAUCGUAGAGAAAAUUCGUUAUUUAGAGAUAAAACAAAAACAAGCCGAAUGUAAUUCAUUGCCACCAACUAGUAGUACAAAAAGUGUUAAAUCUGAUAUUGAUGAAAAAUAUCCGGAAAAUUGGUCACGAGAAUCGUUGAUUGAUUUAAAUAAUGUGAUUAAUUUACCGACAGUUCCCGAGGACAUUUUUACAAGUUUCAGUAAACCAGUUCGUACAUCCAGUUUAUCAUCAUUGAAAAAUUUACGUAAAGUUAAACUUUAUUUAAAACGUGCGGCAAAUACAUCGGAUGACGAAGAGGAGAGUGAUAAUGAAGAAUUAGAAAUUGGUAGCAGAUCUGUUGCGGGUGAUCCUGGUUUGUGUCCCAAUGAAUUACGAACAGUGACUGUUAAAAGUGGUAUAUUAGGCAAUAUAAAAGAAGAAGCACUCCAAGAAUGA